AAAACUGGAUUCAAAAGUCCCAAGUGGCUCAGAGCCUCUUCUAUCUAAUGCAGAACACCCCUGCGAUAAUAAUGAAUCUGAGCUGUUGCCCCAAAAAAUCUCCCGAGUUAAAAAACCUCAACGCAAGAAAUUCGCGCCACGGAAAGGUACAAGGUCAAGCUUACGUUCUAGCACAAAAAUGACAGUCAGCACAUGUAGUAUGACAGAUGAUGGUAAAAGAAAAUGGGACAAAAAGCACUUCUGCCUGUAUUGCAAUGAACCACACCACAAAAUUUCAAGACAUUUAGAAAGGAUGCACGCAGAAGAAGCAGCUGUCGCUCAUGCUAUGAGCUUCCCCAAACUCUCCAAAAUCAGGUCUCUUUUGCUUGACCAACUCCGUAACAAAGGCAACUAUCAAGUUCUUCAAAGUGGAGAUGGUGAAAUUGUGACUAAGGAUAGACCCUCUUACGAUGGUGUUUCUGUGCGUGACUGCCUGCCCUGCCAACACUGCUUAGCUUUUUUCAACAAAAUAGAUUUAUGGAAGCAUGAGGUCUCAUGUAAAGCCAGAAAAGGACAAGAGGAAAAGAGGGGAGGAAAAAGAGUGCGGGUCCAGGCUGUGUCCUCUCGACUUCUUCCAUUGUCUGUCUAUUCUACUGGAGGAUGUGAAGAAAUAAUACACAAUAUGAAUCAAGAUGACAUCUUAUGCCACAUCAAAAAUGAUCCCCUGAUAUGUAAAUAUGGCAAUGCACUAUCUGCAAAGCAUGGCCAUGCCAAGUCACAGUUUACAUACAUUGGAUCAAAGAUGAGGGAAUUGGCUAGAUUUGUACUUACUGUAAAUGAGAUGGAUUGUGGUGUCCAAUAUCUGCAUGAAGUAUGUGUACCAUCCAAAUUCAAAUUGGCUGUUCAUGCUGCCAGGAAAAUGAGUGGUUUUGAUCCUGCCUCCGACAGGUACAAGACCCAAUCUCUUCCUUUAAAGAUUGGCUAUUCCUUGAAAAGAGCUACUGAAAUAGCUUUUGGAGAGAGUCGUAUGACAGAGGACUGUGAGGCAGAGGAACAAGCCAGAAGGUUCAUUGAGCUUCUUGAAAACGAUUGGAAUAACUGUUUUUCCGGUCUGUCCCUCAGCGCUGUCCCUCAGUGUGAUGAAGUUGAUGUGACUUCACUAACUGAGGAUUUGAUAAAACUUCAGAAGUUUCUCAAGGUUGCAGAGGACACAGCAAAGAGAGAAUUGCUCGAGAGCCCCACCAACGCUGUCUGGAAAAAGCUCAAUGAAACUCUUCUUGCCGAAAUAGCUCUCUUCAACAGAAAAAGGACAGGAGAGGUUGCGAAAAUGCUGUUGGAAACAUACACAAACAGAAAGAAAUCUCCAGCUAGUGCAGACAUUUUCAAUAGCCUCUCAAGGCUGGAGCAGGAGCUUGGUGACGACAAACUAACCAGGGUGGAAAUUGAAGGCAAAAAUGGUAGAACAAUGCCGGUCCUACUAACGGCGAGGAUGAUCUCAUCUCUUGAGAUCCUAAUUGCAAACAGAGACAAAGUUGGUGUGUCAAAGGACAACCCUUAUGUCUUCGCACGGAGCCCAGAUGCAGCAAGCUACGUCAGAGGGUCUGACUGUCUGAGGAAAUUUGCUCAUGAGUGUGAUGCAAAGAAUCCUGAAAGUCUGAUCCAUGCGACAGUGAGGAAAGAGGUUGCUAUCCAUUGCCAAAUACUAAACUUGAAUGAAAGUGAAUUGGAUCAGGUGGCAAAGUUAUUGGGACAUGACACCCAGGUCCACAAAGAGUACUACAGACUCUCUGAAAACGCAGGACAUCUAGCAGAAAUCAGCAAAUUGCUGCUUGCAAUGGAUCAGGUUCCAGUGGUAAUUCCAGGGCCAUCUGAGGAAAGGAUUGUUUCACCUACAUAUGGGGCAUAUUCUGAAGGGACAUAUUCAGCGGGAAACGAUUCUGCGAGGGCGUAUCCUACUGGCACAUAUACCACUGGGUCAUCUUAUCCUACAGCGACAUAUUCAGCGAAGUCAUAUACAUUGGGGGCACAGCCUUCAAGGUCAUAUCAUGCUGGGACAUAUCCUGAGAAGUCAUAUCCUUCAGGAUCACAUUCUGCAAGGUCAUAUCAUGCUGGGACAGAUUCUGCAAGGGUGUAUCCUACUGGGAUAAAUCCUGCUAGAUCAUAUUCUACUGUGACACAUCCUGCAGAGACCUAUCCAGCAGCUUCGUAUGCUGCAGGGACACAUCUUGCAAGUUCAUAUCCUGCAAGUCCUUAUGACCUAUCAUCUCCUGCAAGAUCAUAUGCUUCCGGGACAAAUCCUGCAAAAUCAUAUCCUGAAGAGACAUAUCCUAUGGGGACAUAUCGUGCAGGGACACAUCUUGCGGGGUCACAACUUGCAAGGUCAUAUUCUGCCGGAACAUAUCCUGCACAGACACUUCCAGCGCGUACAGUUAUUACGCCAACACUUAAUGCACAGACACUUCCUGUUGGGGCAGUGCCUGCGGUUGCAGUUCCUUUGGGUGCAGUUCCUGUGGGGACAGGUUCUGUGGGGACAGAUAAGGUGGGCACAGUGUGGAAACAGAGGAUGUGGAGUGAUGCAGCUAAGGCUGCGGUGAACCGUCAGAUGGGACACUUUAUCUCAAUGAUGGAGGUUCCAGGUAAACGGGACUGUGAAGUUUGCCUGCACAAUGAACCAGCUCUAAGAGACAGGACAUGGAGGGACAUCAAAAACUAUGUGCACAACACAGUAAAAUCUAUAAAACGGAAGAAUGGCCUUACAAGAUUGGACCCCACAAAACAGACAAAGAAAGGAGCAGCAAGGAAACAAAAAGAGGCAAAGCGUGCUAAAGAAUGGGUUGGUGGAACAAUGACAGUACCUGCACAGGGUCAAGAGGACAGACUUGAGGCAGGUCCUGUGGCAACACCAAGGAAACAGAAGAUAUGGAGUAAUGAGGCUCAGGCUGCGGUCAGGCGGCAGCUAGGAGACUUCACUAAACUGAUGAAGAUUCCAGGUAAAAAGGAAUGUGAUGCAUGUCUUGCAGCUGAACCAGCUCUACAAGGCAGGACAUGGAAAGAUGUAAAAAACUAUGUGCGUAAUACAUUAAUGACAAUGUGCCGGAGGCAUAUUUCAGGCAAACAAAACAUGGACCAUGAAAAACCAAGUCCAAGGACACCGAAACCAGGGGUCCAACAAAAUUCAGGGGUGCAUCAGAAACCAGGGACGCUGUUGGGACUUCCAGAAGAUCCUCCUGUUUAUCUGUAUUUAUGAUUACCUUGAACUAGUUUUAAAAGCUUUUGAUUUAAUCUGACAUCCUUGCUCAUUCUGAUCUCACUUUGUAACAUAAAGCAAGAAUGUAGAACCAUUUUAAGGAUAUAAUAUCACUAUGUACUUUAUUCUACAAAUGUAUCCAUAGCAACUAGACUACAUAGUGACGUAGUAUGCAUAUAAACUUGUUUAGCUGACUUUUACGUACAUUUUCUCAGCUUCUUUUUAACUGCAAAAUGUAUUUUGGCACGAUGUGUUCUGACGCCCAAAUUCAAAAUCCUUUGGCAUGAGCUACACCAACGAUGUAUGUAAACCCUGGAUUGCUGAUGCUAUGUAUUGUCCUUUAAGAGGCUUUGAAGACACUGGUUGGCCUUGUUGGCACUCCCCACUAGGAGUAGUCCUCCAUAGGAAUGACUGGAAUUCUACAGUAUUUUAAUUAAAUGUUUCAAGGAUUUUGUUGUUGUAGUGAGGACAGUAACAUUAGUACUCUAAAAUACUUUAAGGAACUUUUGUGUAUUUUUGCCUGUACCAUUGUAUGUGUAGCUAAUGUAUAUGUGUAGGUUAGGUUUUGAGUGAAAACAACUGUUCAGCAAACUGAGGAUUUAGUGGGUUAGGCUAUUCCUGGUAGAAGUGCGGUGUGAAUGGGUUAAAGUACUACAUUUGCGCCCAGGUUAGAGAGUAUAGUUUGAUGUUUGAGCCGCUUGAAAUCCACCAAUCACGUAAAGAAAAAUGUUUCUGUUCUAGAAUUAUACUGAACGAAAAUUAUAGGGCGCAAAUAGAAGAUGCCAGAAAUUUUCCAUAAGCACAAAAACCUUAUUUCUCUCAUGUUGGGCACAAAUUACUUCACAGCCCUGUUAGUAAGCAUUUCUCCUUUACAUUACAACUUACAGUAAGGAGUGUAUACAUUUUAAUAUUUGUUCGUACUGGUCCCAAGUGGGAAUCGAACCCACAACCCUGGCAUUGCAAGUGCCAUGCUCUACCAACUGAGCCACACAGGACCUCCUUUACCAAGAUAACCCAUCCACCUGACAGGUGUGCCUCUCCCAGACUGCAAAGAACUUUGGCGUGACCCUGGACAACAAACACCCUGCCGUUGUCUGCAAAUAUCAAAGCAGUGACCCGCUCCUGCAGGUUCAUGCUCUACAACAUUGUACAUUACGACCCUAUCUAACACAGGAAGUGGCGCAGGUCCUAAUCCAGGCACUUGUACUCUCCCGUCUGGACAACUGUAACUCGCUGUUGCCUGGGCUCCCCACUUAACCCAUCAAGCCCCUGCAACUUAUCCAGAACGCUGCAGCCCGUCUGGUUUUCAACCUUCCCAAGUUUUCUCAUGUCACCCCACUCCUCCACACAUUCCGCUGGCUUCCAGUCAAAGCUCUCAUCCACUACAAGACCAUGGUGCUUACCUACGGAACAGCAAGAAAAACUGCCCCUCUCUACCGUCAGGCUAUGCUCAAACCCUACACCCCAAGCCGAGCACUGCAUUCUGCCACCUUAGGUGGCACCCCAGUUUACAAUUGGCUCAUUCAUCCCCCUCCUCUCCCCUGUAACUAUUCCCCAGGUCGUUGCUGUAAAUGAGAACGUGUUCUCAGUCAACUUACCUGGAAAAAGAAAAGGUCUCUUGGGGCUCCCAGCUCUGCCCAAUCCAAGUUCUUCUCUGUCCUGGCACCCCAAGCUAGGACAGCAGGGUCGUCCCCUCCCCACUUUCUAUGCCUGUGAUGUGGUUGUCCCACCUAGUGCAUUCAUCUUAUGAUGGCUAACUGUAUGUCAUUCUGGAUAAGAGUGUCUGCUAAAUUACUAAAAUGUAAACAGCAUGAUCAUUACUCAGGUGCACCUUGUACUGGGAAAAUUAAAAGGCCACUCGAUAAUGUGCAGUUUUGUCACAACACGAUGCUACAGAUGUCUCAUGUUUUGAGGGAGUGUGGAAUUGGCAUGCUGACUGCAGGAAUGUCCACCAGAGCAUU